AUACGUAACCAGAAUGAAUUCCAAGGCAGGGAAUCGGUGGCUUUCCUAAAUUCCGCUUCUCAUCAGUCUGAGGACGCCACGUCAGGAAUCAUGGAAUGGUAGUCCAAGAAGGCCAGGGGCAUCGCACAUUUCCCCCGUGGAGUUAGAGCGCUGCUGGGAAAGGCAAGGCAGUCUCCACAAGUCCCACAUCAGCACUCGACCGUCUCCCGUUGCUCCUCGGGGCUGUGAACUUCUGGCCAGGCGGAAUAGGAAGCAAGUUCCAGAGCUUUUGCGCCGCCUCCGCAGUUCCGCCUCCGCCCUCGUUCGGGAAGCUGAAGGGUGUCGCCGUUAGCCUCCUACGGGAGCUGGAGCAGCCGCGGCCUGACGAUAUUGGGGUGCAAAGAAUGGCGUACGAGCCGCGAGGAUCGCUGCUUACCCCUUCAGGAGGCGCGUGAGCAGAGGAAGCGCUGACGGCAUGUUACCCCUUGGCGAAUGGCUACUGUUCCUCUUCCUCUGGAGGCUGCUGCUUUCCGCGGUUGUCGGAGGAUUUUCUUUCUCCUUACCACCACCACAGAAUUUGAAAAUUAAGUCAUAUAAUUUUCAGAAUGUAUUGAGCUGGUCUCCAGUUAAGGGAAUCAAUGGUCCGGUGUUUUACAGCGUUCAGCGUCGCUUAAAUUAUACCCAAACAUGGAAAAAAGUGAACUGCAAAGAUAUCACAAAACCUGAAUGUGAUUUUCAGUCUAUCAAUGAUUUUUUUGAAAUUAUUUUGCGUGUUAGAGCUGAAGAAGGCAACUUAAAAUCUGAAUGGACUGAAACAUCUUCCUUUGUUGCUAAACAAGAUACCAUUAUAGGACCUCCAAGAGAAAUAAAUGUAACCUCAGAAGCUAAUUCAAUUCUUAUAAGUUUCUUGCCUCCCUUUGAGAAAAGAAGUAAUUUCUCUUCAUUUGACUAUACAAUCUAUUGGGAGAAUUCAGCAGAUAAAUCACUAAUCAUGAAUACUGUACACAGAUUUAAGAAUCUAAAGGAAAGCACCACAUAUUGCUUUAGGAUACAAGCAAGACUGUAUAACCGCGAAGGAGAAAAAAGUGGUAUUUAUUGUGCAAUGACUACAAUUACUGAGGGAACAAGAAUGCUCUAUUACAUAUUGAUACUUAUAUCUGUGUUUGCAAUAGUAGCUUUGGUAUUUUCCCUGUUAAUGAUUUUUCGGAAGUAUCAAAAUAUAAUUAAGUCCUUUUGGCAACCUCCUCUAACAAUACCAUCACACUAUGCAGAGGAUCUUAAUGACCCCCAAAUGAUUACAAUUGAAGAAUUUCAGAACUCUGCAGGAGAAGACCCUUGGGACAUUAUUUCAGUUACCUCCAAAGCAGAAGAUGAUAAGAUUCUGAUAAAUUUUCCCAGUGAACAUAGUUGACAGAUAUGAUGAAAAAUAUUUUACAUCACUUACAUCUUAUUCAUUACCAUCAAGUUAUUUUAGUUGCUUGUUUAAGAUCACCGAAUUUCUAAGGAAGUUCCACUCAUCCAUCUGCAUAGCGCUGUGAAUUAAAAAACUGAUUUUCAUAGAGAAGCUUAUUCAUUUAGAAGAAAGUCCUAGUAUUUCAAUAGCUUUAGUCUUUAUGUUUAGAAUUUCAGUGUGAAUGUUAGGAGAACACAAAUCCUAUUGCCUCAUACAUAUAUAUUUUUCUAAUGAUUAGAGUUUUGUCCUAUCCUACAACAUGGAUAGUUUACACCAACAUUACCUCGUUAAAACUUUUUGUAGUAGACUAAGAUGAGAAAAGUUGAUUUGACAUGAAAUUUAGCUAGUGAAAUCAUUCAAAAUUUCAGUGCUGUUAAAUAUCAGAGAUACAUAACAACACUUUUGACCUGGUUUUAAUUUACAGGCUUGAUGUUUACAUUAUUAAACUUGUUAAUUUGAAGCAAUCUUAAGAAUGUAAAAUUGAAUACUGUCAACUACAGCUGGUGAAUGGAAUAAUGUGUUUCGAAUAAGUUUGUGUUCUUCUUGAACAGGAUGGAAUCAGAAGAACUUCCCUGCAUGAUGGACUGAAGGUCCUACUAGUUAUGUCUGGUGGAUCAGUUACAGCCUGUUUAUUAAUUGGGAUCUUUCUUCCAACAUUCAUAGGACAGCAACAACUUAAAUUAUUGUAAUUUUCUGUGACUUGUGUGACUAUUUCACUUCCUACCAACUUUUAACAGACCAGACUAUGGUCCAGUUGUAUUUUUUGUUUUAAAAAAAAUCAAUUGGACUGGCAGCAUUUGAAGAUGUUAUUCCAUGCUCUUCUUGCUAAGCUUAUUUAAACAGUACUGUAUAUAGAAUUCUAGGCAAUUGCAUAAACAUUGAGAUUACUCAGAAUUGCAGCAGGGUGAGUUCCUAUAUUUCUCUUUUCCAGAAUCACUACAGAUUGUCCCUUCCUUGGAUUUCCUUCCUUUAUCAUGGCAAGAUUUGAAGUGUUCAACCUUGUACGGCACCCAUUUAAUUACCAAUUUAAAUAAUCAUUUCAUAGUUUUCAUGAUACUUGCAUGUGAUUUCAGAGGAAAUGUUGAGUUCUUAGACAUUUUUAUACUGUUUUUGCAUUGAAUUUCUGAUGUAUAUUAUAUUUGUACUGUAUAUAACAUAUUUUCUAUCAGAGAAGCAACUUACUUUGUAUAAACCCUAGAAAAUACUGGGAAGAAGGAACUGACUACAGCUAGUUCUUGACUUAUGACCAUUCAAUUCAAUUCAACCUUUAUUGUCAAAGCACAACAUGUGUACAAUGAGAUUGACCUGAGCCCCAAAUUUUUGUUGCUAAGUGAAAUUUUACCCCAUUUUACGACCUUUUAUGCCACAGUUGUUAAGUGCAUCACUGCGAUUUUUAGUAACAUGGUUAAGUUAAUAUGGCUUCCCCAUUGACUUUGCUUGUCAGAAGGUCACUAAGAAAUCACAUAACUCUGGCAAAAUCACAUAACUCUGGCACACUGCAAUCACCCUGGCACAUUGACAACUAUACAAGUCAGUUGUUAAGCAUCCAAUUUUUGAUCAUGUGACUGGAUACUGCAAUGGUUUGUGUGAAAAAUGGUCAUAAGUCACUUUUUUCAGUGCCGUUAUAACUUUGAACUGUCACUAAGUGAACUGUUGUAAGUCAAGGACUAUGUGAAUAUGCUGCUAUUUGAUUUCAGUGAGAAUUCAAUUUUAAUUGGGCACCCAGCCUAUGAUUAAUGGUACUUUAUGUUGUUUAAGGAUUAAAAUUGCUUAAAAUUCUUGAUAACAUUGUAAAGAAUUUGUUCUUGUUUUCCUCCUGGUAAUGUAUGUAUAUAAUGUAUAUGUUUUUAUUGGAAGAAACAUAAAAUCAAAUGCAGAACCUGUAUUAAAACCAUGGCUGAUUAAUGGGUAUUACAGAUUUCUCACUUUAUCUUUUAAGUUCUAAAACUGAAUAUUCCAAAUGUAUCUGAUGUCCAGUCUCCUAAAAUUAGGGAGCUCUGUAUUAAGCCAAAACGGAACUCUUAAAAUACUUGUGUUAAGCAUCACACAAAAUGUAGUACUAAUGUUGAACUCAGCCAAUGAUUGGCAUCUCAUUGGUGGAAAAUGCUAAUAUGCAAGAAAGCAGUUAAGUUAAAAAAAAUUAUGUGCCAAAAUAUGAGUAAAUAAAAGUCUCUUUUUGAAUGUAA